AUGAAUACUGAGAAGAAAAUCGAUGAGUCAGAGCUACAAUUUCGUGAUUCAAGCUCAUCAUCAACUGAUGAGAAGCAAGGAUUUUGGUCUUCGUUCGUGGAUUCAUUCAAGCCACCAAUAGACGAAAAGGCGAUACAGAAAAUAGACAAUGAUGUAGACGAGAAAGCAACUUUGACCGAUGUGCAAAAGAUCAAUAUCAAUUCAACCAACCAAGAUUUACGUCGAGAGUUGAAAACUAGACACUUGCAAAUGAUUUCAAUUGGAUCGAGUAUAGGUACUGGUUUGUUUGUGGGUACUGGUAGUGCGUUAAAUACGGGUGGUCCUGGAGCUAUCAUAAUUGCUUGGUUUAUUACGGCCACUGCUGUAUUUUCAACAAUGCAAGGAUUGGGCGAGUUAGCAACCACGUUUCCUGUUAGUGGCAGCUUUAAUGUGUUUGCAAGUCGAUUUGUUGAACCAGCUGUAGGGUUUGCAGUGGGAUGGAACUAUUUUUUGCAAUAUUUCACAUUAUUGCCAUUGGAAUUGGUGGCUGCGGCAAUCACGAUACAGUACUGGGAUUCAGGUGUAAAUUCCGAUGUCUUUGUUAUAAUAUUCUGGUUGGCCAUUACAUUUAUAACCCUUUUUGGUGUGAAGGCAUUUGGUGAGGUGGAGUUUGUGCUAUCGACUCUCAAAAUUUUAGCUGUCAUUGGGUUUGUAAUAUUGGGUAUCGUGUUGAUUGCAGGAGGCGGUCCUACCCAUGAAUUUGUUGGUGGGAAAUAUUGGCAUAAUCCCGGUCCUUUUGCUGCCGGUUUUAAAGGUGUCGCUUCAUGUAUCGUUACAGCUGCUUUUUCUUACGGAGGUACAGAGAUGGUUGGAUUAACGGCAAGCGAAACAUCCAAUGUUCGUCAAUCGUUGCCUAGAGCAAUCAAGCAAGUGUUUUGGAGAAUUGUGCUUUUUUAUUUUGGUUCAUUGAUUAUGAUCUCGUGCUUGGUUCCAUAUAACGACAAGAGGUUAUUGGGACUGAGUUCAGUAGACGCAUCAGCUUCAGCAUUCACUAUUGCCAUCAUCAAUGGAGGUAUCAACGGGUUACCAAGUGUGAUCAAUGCCGUUAUUUUGGUUUCCGUGUUGUCGGUGGGAAAUACUGCUGUGUACGCCACUUCAAGAACCUUGAAAUCCUUGGCCGAGCAAGGAAUGGCUCCAAAGCUUGUUGGGUACGUUGAUCGUUCCGGUAGGCCAAUUGUCGCCAUUGGUAUCACCAACGCAUUUGGAUUGUUUGCAUUAAUUGCAGCCAACAAUGGUGCACAAGAAUCGGCAUUUGAUUGGUUGUUGGCAAUAUCAGGAUUGUCUUCUAUCUUUACCUGGAUAUGUAUCAACUUGAGUCAUAUUAGAUUUAGAGCAGCUUUAAAAUCACAAGGAAGAACUACCGAUGAAUUACCAUUUGUUGCACAAUCAGGCAUUUGGGGAUCAUAUUAUGGACUUGUGCUUAAUAUUUUGUUCCUUGUGGCUCAAUUUUGGAUUGCGCUAUUCCCUUUGGGGGAGUCUCCUAGUGCUUACAACUUCUUUUUGAAUUAUUUGGGGUUCCUCGUAUUGGUUGUGUCUUGGGUUGGUUACAAAAUUUGGAAACGCAAUUUGAAAUUGUACUUGCCAAUUGAGGAAAUUGAUGUUGAUACUGGACGUGCCGAUGUUGAUACAGACUUAUUGAAACAGGAAGUAGAGUUGGAGAGGGAAGCAUUGGCGGAGAAGCCAUUUUAUAUAAGGUGUUAUAGAUUCUGGUGUUGA